ACUUACAAUAACAUAAUUUCUCACCCACUCAAAACAAACCGAUAUCAUUGGAACCGCGGUCCGCUCUCCGUCGUCCAUCAUUGUUUUUUUUUCUACUUGUUCAGUAAACUUUGAUGUAAGCCGCACGAUCAAAAUUAAACCGCCGAAUGUCCAGAUCAAUGUGUGUAUUACAUCAUCUGCCCAGCUGAGAAGACUAUGCCAGAACUUGAUCAACAAAAACAACAGUGUUUAGUGGCAAUGGAAACGCUUGAUCGGUCGUCGCCAGAACUUUGGCCUGAACCAAUGCCUGGCAUGUCCGGUUUUGCACAACAUAUACGCGCAUCUAGUGCGACUGAUAAACAACCAUCAUGGAAGCAACCACCAGAUGCCCAUGAUAUGCUACUUGUACAACGUUAUAGUCAGAUGCCAUUGCCUCCACUAUUAGAUGAAUUAAAGUCUCUAUACGACUUUGCCUAUAAUUUAGGCUUAGAGGAAUCUAAAGAAAUGACACGUGGCAAAUAUUUAAAUAUAUUCACACGUAACACUAAUAAAUCCAGUGAAUAAUAUUGUAAUAAUUUGUACAAUCUAAAAAAAGUAUAUUUUUAAUUUAUCUAAUCAUCUCAAUAAUUUUUUAACUUAAGCAAUGUGAUUUAACUGAAUAAAUAAAAUUUGAUAUAAUUUAAAGUUUUAGUGUGUAUUAGUAAUAGAUAAUAUACAUUUAAAAAAACCAUUAAUAUUUUUUCAGUUUAAAUUUUAAAUAAUAAAAAAAAUAAAAAAAUAA